AUGGCGCUCAGAAUGUUCAAAUCGGCUUCAGUGGCAAUGUCCCUGAUGAGCUUGACAAAUGCCGCUAUUUCAAUUUCGAAGACUGGAACGACCGUUGAUGUCAAUGGCAUCAGCUACUAUGUUGGCGUCGACGCUGUUACAACCAUUCAGUCCAAGCCAAGCAAAGAGGAUUUGAUCCCUCUGACGGUAAUAAAAAGUUUAGAAGGCAAUUUCACGGCUGCUUCAUUCAAGUCAUUAGUUACCAAUUAUACUGCCUCCGACGAUGUUUUCAAUCCCGGUUUCUUGGAAGCUGUCCAUCUGGUUGGUUCCACCAACACAACUUCGCUAUCAUCCAUUUGUUAUGAACAUGGUACCAAAAUUUUCACCAGCGAUUCAAACAAUCAAGUGCCUCCAGGGCCAUACUUUUUGACUCCGAAUUCAGGCGAGCUUUUCAAAGCAUAUCGUCUAUACUCCGAUGUACAGGAUGCUUUCACCGAAGGAACAAUCGAGAACUCAGAUGGAACCUUUUCUAUAUUGAGUGCAUCCAUUCCCGGUGUACAGAGUUCUACUAUUGGUGUCCCUUCCAGGCUCUAUUAUACCAAAACUGCCGAAAAGCCUCUUGCUGGAGUCCGACUUGGUGUUAAGGAUAUUUAUGAUGUUGCAGGAAUCAAGACUAGUAACGGAAAUCGUGCAUAUUAUGAGCUUUAUCCACCAGCAAAUGUCACAGGACCAGCCGUUCAGAGCUUGAUUGACGCAGGAGCCAUUAUCGUUGGGAAGAUGAAGACAUCCCAAUUUGCUAAUGGAGAAGGUCCAACUGCAGACUGGGUGGACUAUCACUGCCCCUUCAACCCACGUGGUGAUGGUUACCAAUCACCAUCCUCUUCUUCUUCAGGCCCUGGUGCUGGAAUUGGUGCUUAUGAUUGGUUAGACCUCGGAAUUGGUUCUGAUACUGGCGGAAGUAUUCGUAAUCCAUCUCAAGUGAAUGGAUGUUUCGGUAAUAGACCAUCUCAUGGACUCGUUAGCUUGGAUAACGUUAUGCCUUUGUCCCCAACUUUGGACACUGCGGGAUUGCUCACUAGAGACCCAGUUUUGUGGCAUGAAGCUGCCAAGGUCUUGUAUGGGAACAAUAUGACAAGUAACUUCACUGAAUUCCCCAAAAAGAUUUGGAUAGCCGAUUUCCCGAAGAAUGAUACAACAGAAGCUGGAUCAAUCUUGCUUGAUUUUCUCGCGAAGCUGGAAACUUUCCUCAAUGCAACAAGCACAACUACUUUAGACAUUGGAGCUUUUUGGAACGAGACUACGCCCUCUGGAGCAAACAACUCAUCAAUUGAAGAUUUCCUUGGUCUCGUCUAUCCCACUCUUAUCGCUCAACAACAAUACAGCCUCCUUGCAGAACCAUUUUAUGAAGAUUACGCUGCUGCUAACAACGGCGCGCGUCCCUUCAUCGAUCCUGUGCCAUUAACCAGAUGGGGUUGGGGGCAAAAUAACAUCAGUGCUGAUGCAACUGAACAAGCUAUUUACAACAAAACCAUUUUCAUGGAUUGGGUUUCCGAAAAACUCUUCCUUGCUAGUCCAACUAGCUGCAGCGAUAGUAUCAUCCUCUAUCCCGGUACAUUAGGACAAACCGAUUAUAGAAAUGUAUACAGAAGUCCCCCGGGAAUUCCCUCCGGCUGGGACUUGAGCCGCAUAUCCAACUUUGCAGAAGUCCCCGAUAUGGUAUUUCCAAUAGGUCAAGCGGCUUAUAAUUCUACUGUCUCAUUGCAGACGGAAUAUUUACCCGUAGCUGUGGAUAUUAUUGCAAGAAAGGGAUGUGAUGGGAUGAUUUUCCAGUUAGCUGAGCGAUUGUUAGAAGAAGGGAUUUUGAUGGUUCCCAAAGCCGGGAGCUUGAUGUAUUGA